UGAGCUGAUCUGAUCUUGGGACACGUUGGCCGAGGCUUUCCUACUCAUCGCUCAGGCUUGUACCAGGACUUCUGAGUAUCGUUCGAAGUCCAGAUAAGCAGCUGACACAGCCAACGUCAGCUUGUGGACGUAGCGCCCAGGUUGCUUGCUAUCCGGAUACCUCCUGGCCAGGAAGCACAGCCACAUUGUCUAGGCACCUUCCUAAAGCGACGGAGGCUCUCGAACAUUCGCACUCGUCCGCGAAUGGUCGGGACACUGCCAGCGAUGUCUGGACAAGUCUUGUCCGUUCUGUGGCGCUCGGGUGGACUCGCAGCACCGCAGUCCUCCCACCACGCCACGUCGCCUCGAAUACGCUUACACGCACAUCCGCGUUCCGCUGGCACUCACCUGCAUUCCGGAUGAUUCGCAGCUCCUAUAAAGGGCAUGCGCACCUCGCAGCCUCCUCCCCAUCCCGCCGCCUCAGUCGCAGUCGAGUAUCAAGGACGUCUUCGAGUCUCAUCUCCAUCACCCCGACUCUCUUGAACACCUAUCAAACCAUGUCGAGCCCCAUCGCUAUUCCCUCCGUCAGCACCAACACUCAGCGCGAGUCCAGCCCGAACACGGCCGCGCUCUCUCUCCCCGGGGAUCAUACAAACGGCUUGUACGUGCCUGUUCACCGACGCGGCGCGUCUGCCUCCUCGACUUCCUCGAGCUCCUUCCCUGAGCACGGAUCACUCUCGCCCGUCGCUCGCUCCACUGGGCCGCGCACGCGCUCCGUCUCGCCUAUGCCGCGCACCCCGCGCUCGCCUUCCCGUACGGGCAAGCGUCACCUAGACAUCUCCCCGAUGCCGUCUCCUCGCCCCGCAAAUAUACCCCUCGCCUCGAAGAUACCCAACACAUACACACUCACCGAGCUGCUCGCGCUAUCAUCAUGCCCCGCGCCCUUGACACCCUCCCAGCGCACGCAGAUCGACGCGCACAUCCCGUUCAUGACGCGCAGGCCCCCAAAGGCGAAGGCCGCGCCCUCUGGCUCUUCCGCGCCAUCAUCACCUCCAUCUACUACCGCCCCGCUCCCCACGCCCACCCCCGCACCAAUCGCCAAGUCAAACGCGGACGCGCAGAAGACGCGCCGCCGGCGCCCCGGGCGCAAGAACUCGAGCGGGAAGCCGCGCGUCGCCCCCGCCGUCGGCGCCGACGUCGAGAACCGGCGCCGCCGCGUCGCGAACUGGGGCUGGGCCGCGCAUGGGGGCAGCACGCUCGAGCAGGAGAGUUGGCGGGCGCACGCGCUGCCUAUGCCCGCUUGAGAUGUGUGUGUGCGCGCGCUGAGGACCGGAUGUGGAGCUUGGGAGGAUCGAACGGACUUGGGACUAAGACCACCGCUCUUUGAGGAUGUACGUGUACUGUAGUAGCAUAAUGAGACAUGAGUCACACCGCGAUCGUUGGAAAC